AUGGAAGAUUUUGACUGGAUAUCAACAAUCAAAACCAACCUUUUACUUCUCCACAUUGGGGGAAUGUGGCCCAAAGGCGAAGGAACCCACAAAUUUAAUUUGUAUACCAUUUAUGCGAUUGCCCUUACUUUAACAUUUACUGUUUAUCAUUGCUUCGCUCAAGUCUUUAAUUUAUUUUUUAUCAAGGAUUUGAAAACAUUUACUGCCUCAAUUUUUGUGUCACUCACCCAGUCUAUGUCUAUAGUGAAAGCAUUUUACAUUUUGCUAAAUAUGGGAACCCUUAAAAGUACUCUCAAGAACUUACAAACAAAUGAAAUGUUUCAACCAAAAAAUUUAAAACAAAUCAAGAUGGUUCAGCCUAGUUUAAACGAGUGGACAAUGUUAUUUCGAAUGUUUUGGUUCAGUGGAUUUUUUGCGAUGUUUUUAUUAGCCCUCUUUCCCCGACUGGACGGCACUUAUAAAGAAUUUCGACUGCCCUUUGUAGCGUGGUAUCCAUACGACACUAAUUCUUCACCAUUCUACGAAAUUAUGUAUCUUCAUCAAGUUAUAAGUACUUAUACUGUUGGCGUUGUUGACAUGAGUGCAGAUACUCUGAUUGCUGCUUUAAAUAUGUAUAUUGGGACGCAAUGUGAUAUUCUUUGCGACAAUAUUAGAGACAUCGAUGGGCCGGUAGAAGAAAUGGAUGCAAAAUGGAGAAAGUGUUUCACACAUCAUAAGGAAAUUUUAAAGUUUGCCGAGCAUUGCCAAAAAUUCUUCAAUUGGAUUGUGCUUACACAGUUUUGUGCAAGUGUAAUAUCUAUAGGACUAACCAUGUUCCAGCUGACAGUGGUCGUUCCAUCGAGCAGUGAAUUCAUUAUGUUUAUUUUUUAUCUCGGCGCCAUUACAGUGGAAAUUUUUAUGUACUGCUGGUUUGGAAAUGAGGUCGAACUUAAGAGCAGUAAAAUACUCUACGCCACAUUUGAGGCCAACUGGGUUGAUGCUCCAAAAGAAGUCAAAAGAAGCAUAUUAAUUUUUGCUAUCAGAUGUGAGAAACCCAUUAAAAUGUCAUCACUGAAUCUUUUUUACUUGACUUUGGAAACGUUUAAGACGAUUCUUCGAACUUCUUGGUCGUAUUUUGCUGUACUUCGUCAAGUGAAUGCCACAGAAUAAUUAAUUAAUUGCACAUAAAUAUUAGUAAACAAAUUUAAUAAAUCGAAACAAUUUUA